AAUUUGGCGCCACACCAACAGCUGUCAAAUGCAGACCGCCACACUCGCUCGCGAUCCCAUAUUCCGGGAAAAUCUUGUAAAUUCAGCCCAGUACAUGUUUGGCCUGUAAAGUUCCGUUUUCGUGAAAGGGUGUACGGGAUUGGCACAAGUCGUCGAACGUAGUAUCCUAUCGGCCGCGUAGAGAAAACGAUGGACGCCGAGCAGCUACCGUUUCUGGCGGAAUAUUCCAAGAGCAACCGGGCAUCCUGUCGAUUGUGUAAGCAAAAGAUCGACAAGGAUGUGCUCCGGAUUGCGGCGAUGGUUCAGUCGGCGAUGUACGAUGGCAAGGUGGCCCAAUGGUACCACGAGGAUUGUUUCUUCAAAAAGCAGCGACCGACAACCGAGGGCGAUGUAGCUAACUUUCAGGCACUGCGCUACGAGGAUCAAAAGAAAAUCCGCGACGCAAUUGCUCUGUUUGCGAAGGGAGUCGUUCCUGCGGCGGGCAAGGGUAAGGGAAAAAAACGUACCGCGGCCGAAACACAAUCGCUGAAGGAUUAUGGCGUGGAGUAUGCUGCCUCGGGCCGGGCCAUGUGUCGCGGAUGCGAGCUGAAGAUUCUGAAGGACGAGAUGCGCAUCAAGAAGGUCGUGUACGAUACGGAGGUGGGCAUGAAGUACGGCGGACAACCGCUGUGGCAUCAUGCCGAGUGUUUCGCUAAACUGCGCUCCGAUCUAGGCUACUUCGAGAAGGCCGAAUCGUUGCCAGGUUACCGUUCGAUGAAGCCGGAGGAUCAGUCGACGUUGAAGAAAUUGUUGCCCGCCAUCAAGGCGGAGGAUGUACCGUCGAAGAAGGUGAAGGAAGAGGUUAAGGAUGAAGUAGACAAAGCGGCCGAAUCAGUCGAAGAGAAGCAGAUCGCCGAGCAGCAAAAGGCGUUCUACAAGAUACGCGACAAGCUGAAGUCGCUCGGGGUAAAGAAGGCGGAGCUGAUCCAAAUCCUAGCCCAAAACGAUCAGGACAUACCGGAGGGUAACGAUCCGGUACUGGAUCGUGUUUGCGAUGCGAUGCUGUUCGGUGCACUAGAGCGCUGCUCGAAAUGCCGUGGCCAAUAUGUGCUGCAGAAAGCUUCCUACGUUUGCCAGGGAAAUCUGACCGAGUGGGUAAAGUGCAUGAACGCGGAAAAGGCACCACCUCGCAAGAAGACAAUAAUCCCGACCGAUCUGCAGACGGAAUACUCAUUCUUGAAGCGGUUCAAGUCCAAAAUAAGCGAUCGCGUGUUUCGGUUUGUACCGCCGAGCGUCAACACCGCCAUGAAGGGCGUCAAGAAAGAGGAAGAAUUGCCCUCGGAACCGAGGAUAAAGCGGGAGAAGCCUCCGCUUUACAACAUGGAGUUUGUCAUACUGGGUACAACGGCCACCCCGAAGGAUCAACUGAAACUGAAAAUUCAAAAGCUGGGUGGUAAGGUGGUGACAAAGAUUGCUAGCCAUACGGCUGCCAUCAUCUCCACGCCGGAGGAAGUGGAACGGUUGAGCAGCCGCAUGCGGGAAGCGAAGGAACUGCAGAUUCAGGUGGUGCCGGAAGAGUUCCUGGACGAUGUGCAGGGCGGUGGUGCGCUUUCGUUCAUCACUAGCCGUGCCAUCUGCGACUGGGGUUCGGAUCCGCAGACGCGCAUCCCAACCGAGGAGGAAAGCAAAUCUCGCUCGAAGAAGAGCAUCUACGAGAAGUCGGUACCGGCCAAGAUGAAGCUCCAGGUUAAGAGUGGGCUGGUCGUCGAUCCGGACUCGAAUCUUGCGGAUAGGGCGCACGUGUACAAGAACGAUCGCGUCAUUUACAACUGCGUCCUGAACAAGGUGGACAUUCAGUCGGACAAGAACUCGUUCUACAAACUGCAAGUGCUGGAGGACGAUAAGCAAAAGAAAUACUGGCUGUUCCGUGCCUGGGGACGCAUUGGUACCACGAUCGGCGGUACAAAGGUGGAAAGCUACAACACGGCAGACGACGCCAUGACUGCGUUCGAGAACCUGUUCCUGGAAAAGACCGACAACGAUUGGGUUAGCCACAAAGCAAAGUACCACAAGAUGCCGGGCAUGUUUUAUCCGAUCGAGAUCGACUACAGCGAAACAAAGACGAAGCGACUGACGGAGCAAAGCGGCAUCAAAUCGAAACUGGCCCCGGCAGUGCAGGAGCUGGUUCGCAUGCUGUUCGACGUGGACGCAAUGAACCGUGUAAUGUUGGAGUUCGAGCUCGACAUGGAAAAGAUGCCACUCGGCAAGCUGUCCAAGCGUCAGCUGCAAUCGGCCAUGAAGGUGCUGUCGGAAAUUGCGAACCUAAUCGGUACCGGUGGCACAAACGCUCAGUUUAUCGAUGCCUCGAACAGAUUCUACUCGUUCAUUCCGCACAACUUUGGCGUUUCGUCCGUCACCGUGCUCGAUACGAUCGAACAGGUAAAGGACAAGCAAACGAUGCUGGAAAGUUUGAUGGAGAUCGAGUUUGCCUACUCGCUGCUAAACGAUUCGGACGAGGCAGGCAAGGAUGGUAAGAAUCCGCUGGAUGCGCACUACGAACAGCUGAAAACGGUCAUUGAACCGAUGGCACGUGAUUCGGAAGAGUUUACGCUGCUCGAACAGUACGUGCGCAAUACGCACGCGGAGACGCACAAAUCGUACGAUCUGGAGAUUGCCGAGAUCUUCCGCAUUAAGCGUAAGGGCGAGGACCGCCGUUACCAGCCGUUUAAGAAGCUGCACAACCGCAAGCUCCUUUGGCACGGUUCUCGGCUGACCAACUUUGCCGGUAUCCUAACGCACGGGUUGAAAAUUGCCCCACCGGAAGCGCCGGUGACGGGUUACAUGUUCGGCAAGGGUAUCUACUUUGCCGACAUGGUAUCGAAAUCGGCCAACUACUGCUGCACGAACAUGGUCGAUUCGACCGGGUUGAUGCUGCUGUGCGAGGUAGCACUCGGCGAUAUGCAAGAGUAUCUGCAGGCCCACUACGUGACGAAGCUGGCCACCGGGAAGCAUAGCGUGAAGGGUAUCGGACGCACCCAGCCCGAUCCGACCGGAUCGCACAUCCGGCCGGACGGGGUAGAGAUACCGAUGGGCAAGGGUGUGUCGGACGAGAAGGUAAAGAGCUCGCUGCUGUACAACGAAUUCAUCGUGUACGACGUGGGACAGGUCAGCUGUCAGUACUUGUUCAAGAUGAAUUUCAAGUACAAAUACUAAGCCCAACGUUAGUGGUGGUCUUUACCCCUGUGGUGGUCUGCGUAAAGAUGGACGACAAGAGCUGAAUGUUUGCGUCGUAUUUGUUGAUUUUCGUUUUACUUUGUUUGAUUUUUCCAAGCAUCUCACUGAAAUGGUCGUUUUUUUGCUAGUUUUUACCAUACUGCACUGUAUACGCUAUCUGUUUCUCUUACGUCCACAAGUCAUGUAAUGCCGAAAGCUUAAGGUGAAACUAAAUUCUAAUCGAUUUAUUCAUACCGUUCGUAUAAGACGAUGACUGCAUUGUGAAGUAUCAAUUCAAACACUAUCCUUUAGCCGUUCUAAAUGAUAAAAUGUUUGCAUUCGAAUACAAUUGCCGGAGAAACCAUUUAAAAUAUGCUUUAAAACAACAAAAUAUUAGUUUCAGGAAAAGGCGUAUUUGACUAUAUACUCGAUAUUAAUCACAUAAGUUACCGCAUAAUCCGGAACCAUGCUAAUACUGAUAACGGAGAAAUAUAGUUAAGGUUGGUGUUCUAAGAAAUCA